AUGACUCAAACUGGCAUUCCUGAUCGUAUGAAAGCUGCUCAACAACGGGGUUUUGGCGCUAUUGAUCAAGUAUUAACUGUAGCCAUUGAUGUUCCAGUGCCACGUGAGUUAAAAUCCGAUCAGAUACUCGUUCGUGUCCAUGCUGCAUCAAUAAAUCCUAUUGAUUGGAAAAUUCUAAAUGGAAAUUUGUCAUUAAUACAAAAAUAUUCAUGGCCACAUAUACCUGGAUUUGAUUGCAGUGGAAUCGUUGUUGAUGUUGGUCCAUCCGUCAAACGUUUUCGAAUUGGCGAUUGUGUCUAUGGAAAUGUGAGUACCGAAGGUGGUUCGUAUGCCGAAUAUGUACGGGGAUCACAGAAAUUAUUUGCAUUAAAACCAAAGAAUUUAAGUCAUAUCGAAGCGUCUGCAUGUCCAUUAGCUUGCGAAACAUCGUAUCAAGCUCUAUUUAAUCAUGGAAAAGUGACAAAAGAUUCUAAAGUAUUUAUUUGCGGUGGAGCAACAGCUACAGGACUCUUUGGUAUACAAUUAGCGAAAGCAGUUGGAGCACAUGUUGCCACGACAUGUAGUGAAAGAAAUUUAGAUAUACUAAAAAAUAAAUUAGGAUUAAAUAUUGUGCAGAAUCCGGAAUUAGGUGAAAGUCUUGGUGAUUUAUUGGUAAUCAAUUAUCAAGAAAAAGAUUUUGGUAUCGAACUAAACGGUCAAAAUUAUGAUGUUGUUUAUGAUUGUACCGGUGGAUAUGAACAAUGGUCUUCAGCUCAACAUAUUCUUAAGCCUGGUGGAAAAUUUAUCACCAUUGUUGGUGAUGAUAAAAAGUCCGAAAUAAAUCUCAAAUCAAUCUUAUCAGUGGGUUCAUCAUUGGUUAAUCGAAAAUUUUGGUCUGUUGUUAAUUCAUCCCAUCCAUCAUACUCUCUUAUUUUCUUACGAAUGUCUUAUGAAGAGUUAGAUAUUUUACGUACAAAUUUUUUUGAAAAAGAUUUAAUUAAACCAAUUAUCGAUCAAACAUUUGACUUUGAUUUACACGGUCUACAAGGAAUGUAUGAAAAGAGUAAAAGUGGAAAAGCACGAGGAAAAUUAGUUUUAAAAAUUGUUACAGAUACGGACGAACAGCAAGAGACAAUCAUUGACAAAUAA